AGAGAGCGCGCGCGAGGAAGGAUGCUCUGCGCCCGGACGUUUGCUGAUCUCCUCAGACUCUCCAAGGAGGCUGCGAUGGAGACAGGAUGAAUCUGGCAGGGUGUUUUCAAAGGAAAGUGCCUCUGGGGUGCCGUUACCCGGUGGUAAGACUGCCAGAACCGUAUAUUUCGGACAAGGAGGAGGAGUAAAUGACCAUUUUGUCGAUGCCUGAGGAUUAUGGACCGUUACAAGAAAAAGACGGACCUUGAAACGGUUUGGGUAGCUGCUUAGUUCUUCUUUCUGUUCUUCUGUGCCAUAGCUAACACAUUUGAGCGUUUAUUCGCGUUGGUUACCAUCUGACCAAAUGUUGAAUUAAGCUUUCCACUGACGUGGGAUAUGCUGUUGGUACGUCAUUUUUUGUUUUUGUUGGACAAAGACUCGUGUAGGUUCCCAAACCUGUGGGCAGGUGCCGCUUCACAGACAGUAUGAUUCAAUAUUUGGAUAUAACGUUAUUUUUUUUUGUGUUUCGCUCUAUUGCGCAUGCCUAGCCGUAGAUAGAGAAUGCUGCCCAGCGCCACUUCACUCCCUCCCGGCCGUGGUAUAGGAGCAAAAGUCGAAGGAGCGGAGGACUGAAUAAAAAUGCGUUGGCAAAGUGUCAUCGUGGCGACCACAGGAUUUGACUCGAGAUCACAGACGAAAUAGAUUGUGCCAUCAACUAAAGAAUGUCAGGGACCACACCGAAUGCGGACGCCGAAGGAGUUGUCUCCAAAGUACAAGUGAAAAAGGAGAUCAAGACAAUCGUGGAGAAUUUGGAAACCAUCCUUGGAGACCUUAAGGAUGUAGCCAAAGAGCUCAAAGAGGUUGUUCACGAGAUUGACACCUUGACCUGUGACCUGCAGUUGGAAGAGGACGGGCUGACAGAGAGCUCCAAGACGGACACGCUCAAUUCCAGCUCCAGCUCCACCACCACCACCACAACGGCGUCCAGCCUGGAGAAGAUGAAACUCUUCCCCGAUGACUGCAUCUUCAAAACACAGGUGCCCCUCAGUCCGGCCCCUGUCCAGCCUUCUUCUGUCUUGACGGUCCUCAAGAAACCCCACCCCCCGCUGCCACCACCCAGACAUACUCCACUGAGGGCUGAGGAUCACAACAGCAGGAAUUUGCCUCAUCCAACAUUAGUCUUAUCAGGGAAUAUAUCCAAGGCUAACGGGGCUUUAAGGAACGGCGGGGUUUUCCCACUCAAACCAAACAAGGAUUUAUUCUCCUCCACUCCGUGCUUCAUUUCCGGUGAAAGCGGGAUCCCCGAAUCAGGUCUUGUUCCUACGCUGCCCAGACCCAUGCCGCUUCUCCGUCAUGAAAAGAAUAAAUGCCCCAAGGCCCCCAGCAGGGAGCCCCGUGAGAGAGAGCGUGUCCGUUUCAGUGAGAAAGUGCAGUAUCACGGCUACUGUCCAGACUGUGACCUUCAAUAUGACGUUGAUGACACAGAGUUACACUUACAGGCUGAGCUUAAUGGCUUAAGGCUCAGCCCUGUGCACUGCUGCUCUUCCUCCUCCCCGUCCCCGUCUCACGCGCUUUCUCAUGACUUAAUGUUGGAAAACGGAGGGCUCUCAGUGAGCCACAGUUUCCCACCAACUACAAACACUCCUCCACCUUGCGUGCCUCCUCACACACCUUCCCUAAAGCCCCAUAAAACAAUCCUACGCAAAUCAACCACCACAACGGUUUGACAGCAAACACCCCUGCCAUGUCUUGACUUAAACAUUCUUGAAUCAUUGAUAGUGUUUUCUACUUUCUGAGCACUCUCUACUCCAGCUGAACUUUGGAUUAUCCAGACGGAAAGAGGAGGUGUUGGGAAACAGAAAACAAAUGGAUGGAUAAAGUGAGUGGAAUGGAGAGAAAGGCAUCGCCACAAGCACUCAGAAGUAAACAGGGAGAUCAGGAAGAGGAGGGCCCGUUGAGAGACUCGGGCUGAGAGAGGAGGGGGGCGCCGGCCACGCUGGCUGAUGGACCCUGGUUGAUCAGGGAAGGAGGAGCCAGAGCCGAGCCCCAAACAUCAACCCUCUUUCACACGAAGUGCUAAUGGCUCUCAACCAACAGGAGACGGUAUCCUCGUGGACAGAAUCGUACUUUGGAGCACCGCACUACUUCCAGGCACAGCUGUGCAGGGGCAGAGUAGGAGGGGCAGAGCCCGUAUUCGAGCAAAAAGAUGACCCAUAUUGUCGGUGGCAGUAUGUUCCUUCACAGAGACAGCUGAAAUAAAGUUUAUGAUACUGGCGAAGUCCUAUCAUCAGAAGUAACGAGGCAAGUUUAGAUGAAUUGGUACACGGUGGGAUGAAAUAACGUCAGCUUGUCUUUGAUUGAUGUCCGCACAGACUUUUGCUCUGUGCAUACUCAGAUGGAAAUCAAUAGCUCCACUCAAGAGAUGGAAUUUGCCUUUCAAGAAUCGUAAUUGUUUGUGCGCGGAGAGCACCGUAGGUCUGCCUUUGAGCAAAACGCUGCUCCGCUGAACUGCAGAUAAAGAGAAAAUAAAAUCAGUACGUGCCACAUCACCACCACUGUUUUUUGUAAAGAGCGAUAUUUUCAAAGCGAACGACGGCGUGGUCACUGAGCUGUGUCCAGGCGGCACGUCCAUUGUUCAUCUUUUUUUGAUCGACCGGUGCCAUGUAUCCACGAUCAUAUCACAGCAGCAUGACCAGAUUCAGAACUGAGGGGCAAAUCUGCAGCUUUGUGGGAUUAUCGAAGAAGUAAUAAUUUGCAUCAAAUUUUAUUUCUAUACAAAUCUACAUGUACAUGUUUGAUAUCAAUAUAUUUCAGGCAUUUUUCUACAGAGACUUUAACAUUUUAAGAGAUGAUAUUUUUGAUAUUGUGUUAGAUGACUGAGAGUCUUUUUCUGUCUUAUUCCUUUUUUUCUCUGGUUCUUUUGUUGUUGUUUUUUUAAAUGAGAGCCGUCAUUCUAUCGGAUGUUAUUUACAUGUAAAGCUUGGUGUUUGUGUGGAUGGAAAAAUGUGUGUGCUACCACUGUUGAACUGUGGGAGAAGACAGAAAAAGGAGGCAAAGUGGCGUAAACCAAAUAAUAGUUGUGCUUUAUCAGAGGGGAGGCAUGAGGCAUAAUGAAUGCAUGACUAACCCUUCAGUUUGUCCUGUCAUCACUGUGUUUUUCUAUGCAUUUCUAAGGAGAGGCAGACCGUCGGUGGGUCCAACGUACCGAGAGCUCUGCUCCAUAUAACAGAGGUUAUAUAUAUAGUUAUAUAGUUUUUUUGUUUUUUCUUCUUCCCACAUUUCCUGGUGUGAGGUCCAUGUCGUUAAUACUGCAGUCACAACAGUUUUCUGUUGCUUUAGACGGUUAAUACAGUAAUGCUAAUCGGUGUGAUUACUGAUAUAAACACAAAAAAGCGAGGUUGAAGAGAAAAUAAAAACGCUAUUACAAUAAAGAGGUGAUUAUUCGGAGGUCAUUCUUGACAGUUAUGGACCAGCUGGUGUUUGAUGGCGAGCGGCAUGUUUUUAACAAAAAGCCUCUCUCCGCCAUUAGAGAAGAGACGCCACACCGGUCCACCUCUUUGUUAUCAUUGGACACAGACACUGAAUUCAUGACCACACUCCGGAUCAAUAAAGUGCCAGCUCAAAAAAACAGUUGGGAAAUCUUGAAAGCUGUUGGUAACACUCUGUUGUGUCUUCACAAAAAAAAAAAGAAAAACAACCUUAAGAAGUAAAGACUUUGCACUCAGUAUUGGUGUAUCUGAUUCCUUUAAAGCCAACAAUCAUUUCUAGGUCGAUUUUACGUCCGUACUCUCAAUUGGAAACUGUGCUCUCGUGGGCUAAUCUUUCAUAAUGUCAUGACUCUGCGAGCAGAGUGGCAAAUGCAGGAAAUUAAACCGACCGCAAGAGCAUCACGCUUAAUCAAAGCCACGGAGAAGCAAGGUUUUUUUUUUUUUUUCAAAAAGAAAAAUACAGCAAAUGACAUCAGCAGCUGCAUCUGUCUGGGGAAGAUUAGUGUGAUGAGAUAACAGUCUGGCAGUGCUAUGGGCCAUGAAAUGUCUGUAGAAGAUAUUCUAAUGAAUUCGUGGUGGCUUGUUGUGGUCUUACAGUGGGAAACACAGGCAGAAGCCCACAUCACCAUGUUGAAGGACAGGACUGUAGGGACAGCCGUGGCCUGAAGAACCGGACAGGGAGAAUUGUGGCUGGAAUGUCUUAAGAUCAAAUCCACGUGCUGGAAACAUCAGCAAAAUGUGCAUCAGAAAACGUCACAUUUGACUCAUGUUACCCUCGAGCGAAGAUAUAACUCAAAAAGGAAGACGGUAUUUGUGUGCAACUAUUUGUUGUGAAUGGGAAUUAUGUUGUUUUUAUAGAAAAAUAUAUGAAUCUGUUUAAAUCCUUAAUCACAUUGUCAUUUCUGUGAGUGCUCCUUUUGACCAGAGCUGAUUAGGAAGUCUUACAGGUGUAUAGCAAUCAGUUUACAAAUGCAAGGGGAGCUUUUGAAAAAUGAAAAAAGCGCGUCAUUCACAUUUGAGAUGUAUUCCAAAACGAGAACACAGAAAAGCAAACGGCUCGGAUGACUCCAUGACAGGAAAUCCAUGACACCUCCUGAAUACGACUACAAAACUCUUGCUUUGAAUAACUUAGUUAACUGUGACUUUUAUUAAUCUGAACUAUACUUAUUUAUAUAUAUAUAUACGUAUAAAAUAUACAUAUAGCCUAUAUAUACUCUUCAUAUACCAGCAUUUUUCAAAGAAAAGCUAAAUGUGCUUUUAAAACAAUGAAAGAUUCUUUAAAACUGUUUUUGGUUUCAUUCGAGCACUCUGGCUAUUUGUAAAUAAAUUUAUAAGAAUUCAUGUUUUCUAUUAAGAAUACAGAUUAAAUGC